CUGCUCACCUGCUUGUCGACGCAGAAACUCGGUCUAUUUCAUAACUUAACCGAUCCAGGAAUGCGUUGUUUGGUACAUCGAUGCAGAGACCUUGCUCGUUCUCACUCACCACCCGAGCUUGUUGCUGAAUCCCCAGCUGGAACUAUCGGGUCUUCAGCUCCAUCGGCUAUCGCUGCCGUCACUGUCGUCCCUUCCACCGCUUCGGCCCCUACUGGAUCAAUAGCCCAGCCGCCCUCCGCCUUCAGCCAAUCUUCUGGUCAGGUCUCAUCGGCAGUGUCAGCCUUGCUGACUUCAUCAGCGGCCGGACCUAAUCUUUCCCUCUUUGAAGUAGCAACAGCCUUAGCAAAGCGUAGGUCGGCUGUGGCAGCAGCAGCCGCUGCCUCAAAAUCUUCACUUGGGAACACCUUAGAUCCUGAGGUUGAGAAUAGAUUGGUUGCUAACUUUCUUCGUCUGUUUCAGGUAGAAUGCAAUUAUUCGAUUUCUUUCCUAAAGCCAUAUAUUGAACUUUUAAUAAUCUUCUCUUAA